AUGACGGGCGCGCGGCCGUGCACGGCGAAGAAGCGCAGAGCUCGGGAGCGCGGCGGCGUCCGAGGAGGAGGAGCGGCGGUCGAGGCCGCGCCCGGGAGGGAGCGGCAGCCGGUGGUGGCGGCGGGCAGCAUGAGCUGGGCGCGGGCCGCGGGCCGGACGCUGGCCGCGCUGUUGCUGGUCGCGUCGGUGUUGAGUGCCACGCUGCUGGCCCCUGGCGGCUCCUUGGAGCGCGGCUCCGAGCCCGCGCCGCCUCGAGAUUUAGACAAAAAAAGACAUGUAGAGUUGAAGAUGGACCAGGCUUUGCUGCUCAUCCAUAAUGAACUACAUGGGACAAGCUUGACUGUCUACUGGAAUUCUGAACGCUGUUAUCAUUGCUUGCCUCAGCCUCUGGUGAUUGUUUCCGGGAGUGGAAAACCUGGGAAACCCAGCGUUGCCACUGUGGCUGUGAGCACCCAGCACAGAGCCUUCCUGCAACUUAAUGACACCGUGGAAGAGAAGGAAGUUUGUAGGCUGGAAUACAGCUUUGGGGAAUUUGGAAACUAUUCGCUCUUGGUAAAGUAUGCCCGCAAUGGAAGCGGUAAUAUUGCCUGUGACGUGGUUGUCAAUCAGAAUCCAGUGGACAGCAACCUUCCUGUGUGUAUUGCUUUCCUUGUUGGCCUAUCGGUCGUCAUUGCUGUGUGCUUUCUAAAGUUCUUGUUGAGUUUAGAUGACUUUAAUAAUUGGAUUUCUAAAGCAAUAAGUUCUCGGGAAACUGAUCGCCUCAUCAACUCUGAGCUGGGCUCUCCAAGCAGGGCAGACCAGCUUGGUGACGAUACCCAACCAGAAGCGUGGCGCCUGUCUGCAACGCCUUUGCGCCUCCGCUGUGUGGACACAUUCAGGGGGCUGGCUCUCAUCCUCAUGGUCUUCGUUAAUUAUGGAGGAGGAAAGUAUUGGUAUUUCAAACACGCAAGUUGGAAUGGACUGACGGUGGCUGACCUUGUGUUCCCAUGGUUUGUGUUUAUUAUGGGAUCUUCCAUUUUUCUAUCAAUGACCUCCAUACUGCAGCGGGGAUGUUCAAAACUCAGGUUGCUGGGGAAAGUUGUGUGGAGGAGUUUCCUGUUAAUCUGUUUAGGAAUCGUCAUUGUGAACCCCAAUUAUUGCCUUGGGCCAUUGUCAUGGGAUAAGGUGCGACUCCCAGGCGUGCUCCAGCGGCUGGGGGUGACCUAUUUCGUGGUGGCCGUGUUGGAGCUCCUCUUCGCAAAGCCUGUGCCUGAACGUGGUGCCUGGGAGGGAGGAUGCUCUUCUCUUCAAGACAUCACCUCCAGCUGGCCCCAGUGGCUCUUCAUCCUGAUGCUGGAGAGCAUCUGGCUGGCCUUGACCUUCUUCUUACCUGUUCCUGGAUGCCCCACCGGCUACCUGGGCCCCGGCGGCAUUGGCGAUCUGGGGAAGUAUCCAAAUUGUACCGGAGGAGCUGCCGGCUACAUCGACCGCCUGCUUCUGGGAGAGGACCACAUCUAUCAGCAUCCUUCCUCCACGGUGGUUUAUCACACCAGGGUGGCCUACGACCCGGAAGGAAUCCUAGGGACCAUCAACUCCAUUGUGAUGGCAUUUUUAGGAGUUCAGGCAGGAAAAAUCCUCUUGUAUUACAAAGAGCAGACCAAAGACAUUCUGAUCAGAUUCACUGCCUGGUGGUGUUUUCUAGGGCUUAUCUCUCUUGCUUUGACGAAAAUUUCUGAAAAUGAAGGCUUUAUUCCAGUAAACAAAAAUCUUUGGUCCAUCUCGUACGUCACCACGCUGAGCUCCUUUGCCUUCUUCAUCCUGCUCAUCCUCUAUCCCAUUGUGGAUGUGACGGGAGUGUGGACGGGAACCCCGUUCUUUUACCCAGGAAUGAACUCUAUUCUGGUGUACGUUGGCCAUGAGGUGUUCAGGAACUACUUCCCCUUCCAGUGGAGGCUGCAGGACAACCAGUCACACAAAGAGCAUCUCAUUCAGAACAUCGUCGCCACCGCUCUCUGGGUGCUCAUUGCUUACGCUCUCUAUAAAAAGAAGGUUUUUUGGAAAAUCUGAUCGCUGCAGCCGAAGUGUGUUCCUGGCAGACUCUGGUGGGCCUGGGGGAGUGUUGGCACAGCCUGUAUUAAAGGGAAUCAUUAAUUACGAAGUCAGUGGGGUGAGUGUCUCCAGGUUAUUGGGGAAGACGCUGCUGUGCGCAGGACUAUGACGUGGCUCAUCGGAACUCUGCCUGCGUGUUUGAGACUUACAUGUCGGACGGUAAUUGUCUUUUUUAUCCAUCUUCUGUGUAAGUGGGUGGAUUUAGAACUCUAACGUAAGGAUUUCUCAAGAUAACUUUCCAAAAGGGAAUCACCGUGGGCAUUUGCCUCUGUGACGGAUAGAACAAUCUGACUCAUGUCUGAUUCUCACUGAUCUCGUUUCCCUGCACACUGCCUUCCUGCAUCAGCCGCGAAUACCGUCGUCUCUGUUUUGGCUGACUGUAAAGCUAGCUGAAAUGUGAGGUGUGAUAAUAUAGUCUAAUAUUUUUUCGUUAACUGAAGUUUACUAUUUCAAGAAAGUCAGGGUAAUUUACCUUUCCGGUCUGCAAGACAUUGGUGGGUCCAAAAAAAAUGCGUUUCUGUCAGAAGCUACUUUCUUCUUCUACUUGAAAAAAAAAAAAGUUAAAAUGUAAAUGUGUUAUUCCCAGCCACCCUUGCUUAGUUAUCUACUUAUGUACCUCCGUGUUUACCCGUCUUAUCAGUCACUGAUCUGUCUAUCUACCCACCUUACCUACCCGCCUGUCUCUCUGUGUAUCCAGAUGGUGGGUGGUUCCCAGAGCCAUGGCCCUGGAAGAGAAAAGCACACUGUCUGGCAUGUGGCUCCAGCUUUGCCAUCCUUGCCGUAUAAGAUGCCAGGAAGUCUGGGCCUGUCUGACUCUCAGCUUCCUCAUCUGUGAAGUGAGAGCGAUGGCGAUAACCUCUCAGGUCCCUACCAACCCUUAAGACUCGGUGAGGUGGGCUACAUCAAUAGCCUUUCCAAAAUCCUUAGGGAAAUCAUUUUAUUACAGAAAACUCUUUAAGAUGAGUGAUAUAAAAAGUUAAAAAACUCUUGUUGGAGUAAGCCUUUUCAGAACGACCCUCCACAGUGGAGACGCCUUUCCUGCUUGGAAGCACAAACCUGAAGAAGUAGUUUCUCGGGAGUGAGGAAGGGAGGAUACCCAAAGAGAAACAGCACUUUUCAUAUGAUGCAUCAUCAUACUUGUGAAUUUUCUGUGAGAAUUCCCUAUUUAAGGAAAAUGUGACAAUAGCUUGUGCUUCAGAGCAUCCUUCUGUGAUGAGACGGGGCCGUCUCGACGUUGCUUCAACUGUCACCGCUGCACGGACGACUUCCCGGCCUGAGUUGCAGCUCAGGCCUCUGCCCUGAACUCUCACCCAGCUUGUAACUGCCCGCGCGCCCCUCGCCUGGACAUCCGCCAGCAUCGAGGCUUGCGUCCCUCCCCGAUUUUCCCCAAAUUCAAACCUCCUCCUCCUUGGAUUUUCCUGGCUCUGGGAAUGGAUCCUUCCCGCCUCCAGGUAUAAAACUGCCUCCACCUUUCACCCACUGCCCUCCAUUAUUCGCACUUUUCCCUUGUUUAGUCAUUGCCAAGUCUCGAUUCUGUUUCCAUCUUCCCCUGCUGGCUUCUUCCUUCUCCUGGUCGCACUCCUUAGUACUCUAGUCCAGUCUCUUGUGAUUCUUUUCAGAGUGGCCUCCUUCCCUCAAUCCCUCCUUCUGUAGUCACUCUCCAUCGUCACAAGACUAAGCUUUAUGAAGCAGAGUUCAGAGCACAUCACCGCUUUAUAAAAGCUCACACUAAAGGCGAUACAGCUUUGCCAGGUAUACGUGACCAUCCUCAGCUGAGCCCAACUUGUCUCCCCAGCUUCCUUCCCAUCCCCUGUCCCCACCCUACUUAUUCCAGCCCCACGAGGCCCCUCCCGACCCCAUCACUUAGCCUCUUGCUUCUGACUUUGAUUAUAGCCUUAUUUUUUCCUGCAUUACUUUGUCCUCUUCAUUUUUCUCCUUUGUAUGUUUGACCUGUCACUUUUAGACCCUCUACUUCUAAGGCACCUCUGUAAUCUCUUACUCUCAUCCAAAGGUAAUAUAUCCUUCCACUGGCUCCGCAUACUACCUUUUUGGAAUCAAUUUCAUGGCCCCUAUCACUUUACAAUAGUUAUUUGUGUACAUGUCUAGUUCCCCAUGCUAGACUCUGAGCUUGCUAAGAGCAAGAAUUAUGCCUUGUUCUGCGUAUUCAUGGCACAGACACUGCCUUGUACACAGCAGGCACUAAAUAAACAUUUAUUAAAGCAAA